AUGCGCUGGAGUGCGGUUGCACUCGCGCUUGCCGCGUGCGCAGCCCUCUGCCAGGGUGCCUCCACCCGGAGUCUCCAGCAGGCAGACGCCGCACCAGCCCCUGAGGCGGAAUCUGGAGCCUGCUGCGCGAGGCUGGAAGCGUUGGGCUGGACCGGCACCCUGCCCGUGGUGAUCCUGGAGAGCACGGAACCCAUUCCCCUGGAGGAGACGGUGGUCCUCAACUACUGCACCUGCCCCAAUGGGGCCGAUUUUAAGAGUCACGAGGGAGAGGCCAAGGUCGGAGUGCGUGGCAACAGCAGCAAGAAGGCUGCCAAAAAGUCCUACAAGAUGAAUACCAUCCACCCCAAUGGCACCAACGACAACCUCAAAUUCCUGGGGAUGCCUAAGGAGAACGACUGGGUGCUGUAUGGUGGGGACGAGGUGGAUCUGACCCUGGGAAUGAGAAACUACCUGGCCUACAACAUGGCAAGGGCCACUGGAGAGUACGCUUCCAGGACUGUCUGGUUCGAGCUCUUCCUGGUGGAGGAUGGUGCCCCCCUGACCCUGGAGAACUACAACGGCAUCUACAUUGGAGAGGAGAAGAUCAAGCGGGACAAUGACCGUGUGGACAUUGGCAAGUGGACGGCAGAGAACCCCACGGGCGGCUACCUUUUUGCCUUUGAGAACGACAACAUCAAGCCCGACGACACCCCUGUGGGACCUAUUCCCGGCAUGGAGGACCCCUUUGUGCUCAGCUACCCCAAGAACGAGCCUACUGCUGUUGCCUGGCUGGCCAAGUACCUGACCGACCUUCAGACAGCCCUUUUUGCUGACACAUGGCUGGACCCCCAGGACGGCUACACCAAGUAUGUGGACGGCCCCUCCUGGGUCGACUACUUCCUCUUCACUGAGCUGAGCAAGAACCCCGAUGGGUACAGAGGCUCCACCUACAUGCACAAGGACGUCGACCAGCCCCUCGCCAUGGGUCCUGCCUGGGACUACAACGAGGCCUUUGGCGAAUGCUGCGGCUUCCCCUUUGAGGGCUACGAGGAGAAUGGGAAGAGCGAGCCUGGUGUGGCGGGGGGUUCGGCCAUCGCCCCCAACGGCUGGCGCUUCCUGAUCUGCGCCGACAAGGAGCGCUGCGUCUUUGACCCGUACGACGGCAUCAGCGGCUGGUUCCGCCGGGUGUGGAACGACACCCGUUUCCGCGAGGCCGCCGCGACCCGCUUCACCGCGCUGCGGGCGAGCAACUGGUCGGACGCCAAGGUGUCGACGCUCAUCAACGACGCCGUGCAGGAGAUCGAGCCCGCAAUCCUACGUGACUUUGGCAAGUGGGGACAGUACACCCUCAAGGACUGGUACGCGACCCCGGAGCUCCAGUUCACAACCGAGGUCCAGGAACUGGAGGCCUGGACCCAGCAGCGCCUCGCGUGGAUGGGGGCGGCUCUGGAGAGGGCUGCCUCACCCACGUACGCCUACCCAGAGGACAACCAGGUCCCCAUCCCUGGGGCAGCUGCCCCCGUCGCAGCGUCGACCGCGGGGUAA